UCUCUCUCACUCAAAAAUAAAUAAAACCUUUUUAAAGGAAGAGGCUGAGGCUCAUAACAUUCAACUGUGUCCUUGGAAAGCCAUGCCCGGUGUGAACAUCCAUCCUUCUUUCCACUGCUCCUCCCCGGACAGCAGUUUCAGGGGGGCCCUAAGCUGCUCUCUGUUCCACGAAUAUACCACAUUUCCCCAUGCUCAGGCCUUUUCUCAGAUUCCAUUCAACAGACAGGUGUCCUCAUUUUCUACACUUUCUGCAAUGCUUGUUAGUUCAGGUCAGUAAGAAAGUGCCUGUGGCUCCAGGAAGCUCCUAGCCUUGUAAAAGGAUUAGGAACCACAUAAAGAUCUGUAAUGCAGAGUGGAAUGUGGUGAGUGCUCCCAUAGAGAUAGGAAUGAAAUACUAGGGGCUUUAGGAGGAACGAUCAUAUCCCCUUGGGGGAGACCAGAAAAUAUAUUUAGAAAAGGUGGUAUUUGAAGAAUGGGUACAAUUUUUAUAGCUUAUCGUGGUAGAGAAAGAAUGUUCGAAACUGAUGAACCCCACUAAGAAAAAAUCGCAUAGAGGGCAGGGUUUCGGGGGGGGGCGUUGAGGGAAGACUAGAAUCCCAAUAUGGCCCGACUGUGGAGCUGUUGUAGGGGAGAAAGGGCAUCAAAAGCUAAUACGGGACCAUGCGUUGGAGGAUGAAAUGCCAGAGAGAGAGGAGUUUAUAAUUCAUGUGGUGGGCAGUGAGAAUUCACUGCCAUUUGUGUCUGGGAGAAAGGCAUGCUUGUGGCUGUGCUUUAGGAAGACUGUUGUGGCAUCUGGGGGAUGAAUCGAGGAGAGUGAUUUGAGGGCUGUUUGCCGUACAUCAGGUGCAUGGUAAAAGGAGACUGCUCUUGAAGGGGGAGAGGCGGGUGUCCUGUGAUGGCACAGGGGGAUGAUUGUUCCAGACCAUGAAGUUAGAGAGAAGACAUGCUUGUCAAAGGGCUCAGAACUUUCUGGACAGGAACUGAGAGAAUGGAUGCGGUAUACACAGAAGAAAAAAUAUGUGGUGGGAAAUUAAUCUCAGGUGAAAGAGAAUUCACUUGUAUCCUCUUACCUGGAAGUAUCUUCCCUUCUGUAGUUGAUGUAAAGUAAAACCCCAUGGGCACCUGGGUGGCUCCGUUGGUUAAGCGUCUGACUCUUGAUCUUGGCUCAGGUCGUGAUCUCACGGUUCGUGAGACUGAGCCCCUUGUCAGCCUCUGUGCUGCUUGGGAUUCUCUCUCUCUCCCUCUCUCUGCCCUUCCACUGCUCUCUCUCUCUCUCUCUCUCUCUCUCUCUCAAAAUAGAUAAACUUUAUUUAUUUUUUAAAAAAAUUUUUUAACAUUUGUUUAUUGCUGAGAGGCAGAGAGAGACAGAGCAGGAGAAGGGGAGGGGCAGAGAGAGAGGGAGACACAGCAUCCGAAGCAGGCUCCAGGCUCUGAGAUGUCAAAACAGAGCACAACAUAGGGCUUGAACCCACAAACCUCGAGAUCAUGACUUACUUGAGCCAAAGUCAGAUGCUUAACCAAGUGAGCGACCCAGGUGCCCCUAAAUAAAUAAACUUUAAAAAACAAUAACAUAAAACCGCAAGAGGAAGGUGAGAUAUAAGCUGGAUCAUGCCGUUUUACCCUUUAUGGCCCUUCUAGCCUGUUCAUAUGAGUUAAUAUCAAUUACCUUAUAUUGUUCCUUAUCUGAUUUGAGUAUGUUGGUCUGGUUUCCACAGAUUUGUAAACUUGGGGACUUCUUUAGUACCCUCUAGAACAGUUUCUAAAGUUCAGAGAAAAAGCUUUAAGACACAUUCCUAGAAAUCUUUCUGAAUCUUUUUGGGGGAGAUAAAAGCAGAUCAUAGUCUCCCCCUAGAGCUAUGUAUUACUUACAGCUUCAUCAAAGUCUAAUGUACAGUCUGUGAUGAAGGAGACAGAAGGUGGUGAGUAUGUGGGAGGGAGAGAAAGACAUUAAUUAACAGAUGGAGGGAAAACCUAGUGCAAAAAACUCAAGUUGAUGUGAGACAAAUGCGUGAAGCUAGAUUUUCCGUAUUGCUUCACUAGAUCCAAAAUACAGAACGAAACCAGCCCAGUUAUAAAAACCAGACCUUAUUUGAAAAAGACCUAAACGAUACUGUCAGAGUUUAGUUAUUGGCCAAGUGAGACUACCUGAAAACAAGCAGUAUUCGCUUGUGGCCUGUAAUAAUGUUUUUCCCAUGUUUCGGGAUAGAGAAGGUCUUAUCACCACCAGAACAUUUGCCAAGCGCAUUGACAUCUUGGGAAGUCAUUCUGCCUAUUUUGAGGUCACCUAGUUCCUGAGGGGCGGAAGUUUUUUUUUUUCCAGGAGAUAUUUCAUUAAUGGUCUAAUGAUAGUAACCGUUGAAUAGCGCGGUUUUCUUUUCAAGAACUGAAAACAAUUUUUUUCAAGUUCUGAUUUGUCUUUGUGGUAACCUCUUAGGUUGGAACGGGAGUAUAUUGAUUAUCUGGAUAGGCACAAUGUCUUUCCUGUAUAUUUGAGACCAAUCAAAGAACUCUAUCCCACUUACCUCAAAACUGACUGAUUAAUUGACCAAUCCUUCCCAAAACGUGGAGAUGUCUUAUUUCUGGUGUAUCACAUUCACUUUGCCAGCAAAAUCGUUUUCUUCAGAAACAAUGACUAUCGCAUUUACUUUUAGAUAUGUUUGAUAAACUCAGUGUUUAAAAUAUGCCCCAUAAAACACUGGUCUCUACGUGUGCUGACAAAGAUCAUUAUGAUUUGUAGAGAUUAGAAACGAAACUCAAAAGACAAAGAAAUAGAAAAACAGUAAACACAUAAAUCAGAGUAACCCUAAAUGCAAAUGGAAGGAAAUAUAAGAUGGCAUCAUGAUAAAACUAUGUAAGGCAAAAGAUUAAGAAAACCCACUAAAUUUAUGACAAAUAACUAAGAAAGACCAUUUUGAGUUGACAGCUUUCUCCAUAAUUCUACUGCAAUGGUUUCCAAAAUAUUGAGUAAGAUUUUGUAUUUCUGAUUAGCUAAGUACUGGAAACAUGCCCUCUAAUGGGACACAUGUGGAUAUAUGGAAUAAGUACAAAAAUAUUAUGGAAUUUGAGCUUAAUAUAGAUUAAAUAUGUUUUCGUCAUAUCAUAAAUCAUGAAAAAUUGUUCUGAUACAGUAUUGUAAUUUCUUCAUCUGUCAUCUCCAGAACUUCGGGAGUUUUGACAUGUGUGAGCAGAAUAUAGUGCAGAGAGAUUUACAUGUCAAGAUCACAGUUUUCGUUUUGCUGACUCUGGAUUGUUUUUCACAGUUCUUGACUCGUGGACUCUAAACAAUGAUAAUAAUAACCAGACAUACCAUGAUAUCAUUACUAAAAUUGGAGUCUGGCCCAGAUUGGAAAACUAAUGGUAAUCAUGAGACGUUGCUUAUUUUGAGUGCCUACUAUAUGCCAAGUGUAAACUUAUUUGCCAUGUAUAAACUUACGGAAUCCUCUCAACAGCCCUAUUAUACAUAUGAAGAAACUGAGACACGGAGAAGUUAAGUAGCUUACUCAAGCUCACACAGCCAGGAAGUGGCAGACCUGGGAUUUGAACCCAGGACUUCUGGCUCCAGAUCCCACACUCUAAACUUCACUGUAAGGCAGUACCUCACACACUGUGGUAUUUUUGCACUACAAUUGGUGAUGUGCCCAAGACCCUUUGCGUUCUUUUCAUGUUAUCUGUCCUAUCUCUUUGGAUUUCUUUUGUUCCUGUUCUGAUGCAGCAACAGAACACUCUUUGAUUCAGAGAAUAUGGUGCCCUUAAUGAAUCAUCAGGAUGUCCAUGGACAUUUUCAGGGACUUUCUGUGGAGAUCUCAGUUUUUAGUUCUGAGUCAGCCUACCAGAACGAUUUGAUAGUUAUGGCAUAUGACUCCUGCGUACAAUUACAAGAAUGAAAAUCCUCAACCACAUUGCUGGUGGAGAAGAAAUGAACCAACGUUUUUGGAACACGUAGCCUCUGUAAGUAAGAGCAUCUUUGACUUACUGUCUUGUUGGUUUGAAUUUUAGGGAGAUUUAUUAACGUUUGGGGUACUGACAUUGCAUAGGCCAAGAAUAAUGGGAGAGUUUUGAAAUAUGGGAGAUUCAGUGAUUACCUGACAACCAAGAUUCUCAAGGCCAGACUAAACAGUGUUACUGAGGAUACGUAUAAGCUUACUACCCAGGUAAAACAUUUCUUGUGCAAUAAUAAUCUUAUCGCUUUUGCAUAUCAGGUUUUCCCAAGUAAUGCUCAUCAGCAUCAGUUCUUUUAAAACAGAGCAUCCUUAAAGCAUCAAACAUGUACAAGGGCAAGGGCAAGAAAGUCCCAUUGUAGAUCCAAGGAGAAAAGAAUGCAUGUGAGUAUUAUAAACCGGAUGAAAUCUUAACUCCGUAGUGGCCCAGUUACUUUAAUAGAUUGGAUUAUUCUGAAGACAACCAGUGACCCUCUUCCUUCCACGUAUUUGAGUCCUAGUAUGUGCCAGAAUCCCUGUUAUGUGCAAAGGACACAGAAAUGAAUAAAACACCUUCCUUGCACGCAGGGGGCACCCAAAAUAGUUCUCUCUUCUCUGCUCAAUCUUUUUCUCUCUCAGUCUUGCAUGAUUGUGCUGCCACAUUGAGAUCUAGUUCAGCUGUUUCAUAACGCCCCCACCCAAGGUUCAAAGUGCUUUGGUGAAAUAACAUCGACUUUUACCCUGAAAUCCAUGGAAAUAUGAAGUUUACUGUUUUGUUCUCCCUGAUAAAAGAUAGCAUAAUAACUAGUUGCCGGGUGACUGCAUAAAACACAGGCCCCAAAUGCAGCCGGUGAAGAGCAGUUAGCAAUUAAGUAAAGGAAAUGACUGGUGGGUUUGAAACUCAACACACUGCCCAUGUACUUGUUAGCGUAGGGAGGCCUCUGGGUUGCUCUGACAACUUUUAUCACUAAGGAAAUAGUUUUGGUGACUCAUGCUCGUACAGAACGACUUCUUUCAAAAUCUGUGUUUUCGGUGACCUUACCAUUAUGCUUCUGUUUUCCUUUUUCUUUGGACGGGGACAGAAAAAGCUUCAUUUGGAUGGCAUGGGUUUAUUACUCAGUAGCAUAUUAUUCAUUUGCUUGCUGGCUCAUGUUUUGAGAUUUAACGGACUCAGUGGUGAUCAGAGUAAAAGUUUGUGAACAAGGUGAAUGGACAUCAGAGGAAGAACUGAAAUAUUUGGUUACAAGGUUUGCUAUCGUAAAGCUGUAUUCCUGCACAAGUGGUGGCUGCCAUUGAUGUAAACACUGUCGCUAAUGAAGUGUACGCGUACAAUUUUCCUCACACUCAGUUACUGGCCAAGACAAUUGAAAAUUGGCCUGCAAGGUGAUGUGACUGAUCCAAGGACAAAUAGCCUCUUACAUAUUCUAGAUAUUCUCCCAAGAUUACAAAAAUUACCGAAAUACAUUCUUUUAGAAAAUGUUAAAGGUUUUGAAGUAUCUUCUACAAGAGACCUGUUAAUACAAACAAUAGAAAAUUGCGGUUUUCAGUACCAAGAAUUUCUAUUAUCUCCAACCUCUCUCGGCAUUCCAAAUUCAAGGCUACGGUAUUUCCUUAUUGCAAAGCUUCAGUCAGAACCAUUGCCUUUUCAAGCUCCUGGUCAGGUGCUGAAGGAGUUCCCCAAACUUGAAUCUGAACAUCCAGAAAAAAAUACAAUAGUUGCAGAAAAUAAAAUUGAAAGAAAGAAAAUUGAACCAAAUAUUUGCUUUGAUAAUGGCAGACAAUGUUCUGGAAAAGAAGCUAUUCUUUUUAAGCUUGAAACUAUAGAAGAAAUUGACCGGAAACAUCAGCAGGACAGUGAUCUCUCUGUGCAAAUGCUAAAAGAUUUUCUUGAAGAUGACAUUGACACGAAUCAGUAUUUUUUACCACCAAAGUCACUGUUGCGAUAUGCUCUUUUGUUAGACAUUGUUAAGCCCACUUGCAGAAGGUCCACAUGCUUUACCAAAGGUUAUGGAAGCUACAUAGAAGGGACAGGAUCUGUGUUGCAGACCUCAGAGGACGUGCAGAUUGAGAAUGUCUACAAAUCCCUCACCAAUUUGUCACAAGAAGAAAAGAUAACAAAAUUAUCAAUGCUUAAACUUCGGUAUUUCACUCCUAAAGAAAUAGCAAAUCUCCUUGGAUUUCCUCCAGACUUCGGAUUUCCUGAGAAGAUAACAGUGAAACAGCGUUAUCGUCUACUUGGAAAUAGUCUCAAUGUGCAUGUAGUAGCUAAACUAAUCAAAAUCCUAUAUGAAUAAUUUAAAAAUAACUCUGAAAGAUGGUCACAUUAUUUAUUCAUAUCCAGGUAGUAAUUCUGAAAUUCUAUUUUGAAUUGAUUUUGAUGAAAUUUUACUAAACUCUCUUUAUCUCUCUUUAAAAAGAAAUUUGGAUUUAUCAUAAAAAUGCUGACUUUUAAAAAAUUUAUAUUACUGUAUUUUGUAAAGCAAAAAUUGCUAUUAUGCUUUACAAGAAUAUAUUUUCAUGUGAAAUUGCUAAACAUACAUGUAAAAUAUUCUCUUUAUAACAUUAUGGUAUAUAGAAAUUUAGGAACAUUGGAGUUUGAAUAUCUACAUGAAUAUUUUACAAAGUGUCAUGAUAGACAUAGUAUAGCGAACCUGAGAAAUUAUGUUUUUGUAUGUUGCUUAAACAAAUUGCUUUAUGAAUCCUAUCAUUUUAUUUUUAUUUUAUUUUAUUUUAUUGUCAGAUUGAUUAUUCCUGAUUUUAAAAUGAUGCUUCUAAUUCUGGCCUGUUUCAAAUAUUGAAUGUUUUACUGAAUUCCAUCCUUUAAACAUUUCUUAAUUAUAUCUAAACAAAUGCAUAUAAUGUUUUAGACCAAAUUAUGAGUGUUAUACAGCCGUCUAAAGAAAGUGUCAGAAAAAAUAAUCCUAAAUUCUUGAUUAUGUCCCCAUCAGGAAGCUACAGAAAAUGUAGGUAAACAUUAUCCAAUUAUCUUUAAUUCUACCUCCAUGUAAAAUGCGAAACUUCAUUGUCCGUUCUUUAUUUAUAAAUAUUUUCUUUUACUUUGCUGUCAUCAGAACUUGCUUUUGUCUUCCUUCUUAGCUUGUUGUUGUAAGUUGAAUUUGCAUCACAUUCUAGGGAAUGUAGUGUGGCAUUCAGAUUUUAGGGAGGAAAUUCUGCUCUCCGACCCCAUUUUAUAUGACUGUUCUGUGAAUUAGCUUUUUAAACUUUCUCUUUCUCUCUCAGACUUCUUGGAAUUACGGUUUCUUAUCAGACUGUUUGUAUUAUAAACCCUGUGGUUUUAUUUCAGUGAUAAAAGCAAGUGACAAAAAGAAGAGAAAUGAAAAGAAAUAAGACCAGAAAUUGUAUCACAAAAUAAAAAAUAUUUUUAUUCUUUUUUUAAAAAAUGUUCAUUUAUUUUUGAGAGAGAGAGUGCACAUAAGCAGGAGAGGGACAGAGGAUCUGAAGCAGGCUCUGUGCUGACAGCAGACAGAAUAUAUUUUUAUUCUUAAAAGACAAUCAUUUAGACGUGGAGAAAUCAGAACCCUGUGCAUUGCUGGUAGAAAUGUAAAAUGGUGAGCCACUGUAGAAAAUAGAUGAUGAUUCCUUCAAAAAAUUAAACCUAGAAUUAACCUUAUGAUCUAACAAUUUCACUUCUAAGUAUAUGCCCAAAAGUAUUGAAAGUAAGGACUCGAACAGAUAUUUGUAUACUAAUGUUCAUAGCACCAUUAUUCACAAUAACCAAAAAGAGGAAAGAGCCAACAUACUUGGGUGAAGACUGGAUAAACCAAAUAUAGUGUAUACAUACAGUGGAAUAUUAUUCAGCCAUGAAAACAAAGAAAUUCUGAUACAUGCAACAACAUGGAUGACCCUUGAGGACAUUAUGGUCGGUGAAAGAAGCCAGACACAAAGGGACAAGUUUUCUAUAAUUCCAGUUACAUGGGGUAUGUAAAAAAAUCAAGUUCAUAGAGAUAGAAAGUAAACUAAGAGUUACCAAGGUUCGGGGUACCUGGGGAAUAAGAGUUAGCAUUGAAUGGGUACAGAGUUCUGUUUGGGGUGGUAAAAAAGUUCUGGAGAUGCUUAAUGGUGGUGGUUGCACACCAAUGGAAAUGUACUUAAUGCCACCGAACUGUAUCCUUAAAAAUCCUUAAAAUGGCAAAUUUUAUGUUAUGUACAUCUUAUCACAUUUAAAUAAAAAAAGUCAUUCCUCACCACCAUUUCUUCAGAAAAACUCAUAGAUAAAUAUGGAUAUAGGCCAAUGUGUAUAUGUAUCAGUGUUCACGUCUACAUUAUGUACAUGUGUUUAAAGACAAACCUUAUUACAAAUCUCAUAAUGAGGGGGGUGGAGGGGAUACAUUUAUAGUUUAAAAUCAGAAUUGAGAAUCAAGAAGUUCCCAAAUAAGCCAAGAUAACGUCAUAAGGAUCUAAUUUGAAGCCCAUAUAGACAAAGUAGUUAAAGUGUGUUUUCCUCAGGUUGUUAUGUUAUUGAAAAGAAGGCUAACUUUUCAUAAUUUGGCCUUCAGCUUGGAACUACAAGUCUUUUAGGUCACAAGUUGUAGACUGAUUUACAGAUAGCUUUGGACUUUGAAAUUGAGUGAGGGUCAUAUGGUCUCAGCAGUUUUCUUACAGCCUGUGAACUCAUGUAAUUUUUCAAGACAGCCUUUCAACGUUCCUGGACCAGAACUCUCUCCCUCUCAGCUUCCAGUGUCAAAGUGCACCGCAGACAACUCUCCUGUCAACUUCUUAACAUUUGUUUUUCUUGGAUCCACUUCCCGUCCAAUCCUCUUUCUCCAUUCAGCAGACUCACCCAGAUAUCUAGAUAUGCCCCUUUGCACAUUUUAUUGAAAAGCAGUAAGAAUCGUACACAAGUUCCUCAACUUCAGUUUAUACUAGUCAAGCUGUCAGCCCAUUUUUUCCUUUCCUGUCCUCUCCUGUCAUUCCUUUACUUUGCUACUGAAAAUUUAAACCUUCAGUUUUAAAAACAAAAACAAAAACAUUGUCCUAACCUCUAUGUGUCUGUUUCUCUCUUUAGGACUUCUAAGAACAUUUUACACUAAGAUGGUCAUGUUCUUCAAAAUCAUUUGCAACCAUGACCCAAACAAUUUCACUAUUUUUGUCUUGAUUUGUGAGUUUAUUCCUUUUUAAAUGUAUUUGUUCAGUAAAUAUGAACCUGUGCAGAGAAUUUUUUUGCUUUCUGAUUCCCAAACUACUAAAAUAAAUUUGUUGUAGUCACCAGAGGUUCUGAGUCUUAUUUUCAACUACAUCCAGCACUGAGAGCUCUCUCUCAAGUAUGCUGUACCUGAUUCCUAAAGCUUUCUCAAACUUAUUUUUCCUACUAAUAUGAACCUAGAUAGAAAUUUUCACAAAGGAGAAGAUAGGAAGGUAAUUUUCCCAAAGAGCUCUUCUGCAUAGCUCUGGGAUGUUCUCAUUUCUUUGCUCGUACAUAGCACGGUUCCAUUGUUUACUUCAAGGAUUUGCUCUGUAUUUUAUUUUGUUUGCACCUUUAUGCCUAUUCAUAUCAGGGCAGAUUUAAAUUAUAAGCGCGCAAGUAGGGAACAUGUUUAUUUAGCCAAGUUGGCUCUAUAAUCAGAUGAGAUCACCUGAAGAGUCUAAAGAGAGAGAGGGGAGAGCAGAGGUCUGGAGUUGAAUUCUUAUCCAUUACUGAAGAUUCAGUCCUCAGGCCUCCCUACCCUUUACCAUCCAAGCCAUUUUUUCUAAGGUCUCACCCUUUCCUACAACUUCUGGGUUUUUUUGCCCAUGAUACCCAGGUAACUCCAGAUCCGAUAUUGUUCCUCAGCCUUGUUCUAGAAUUUUUGUGCUGGGAUAUUUUUAACUUGAGUAUCUUUCUGUCACAUCAAACUUAGCAUAUUUGAAAACAGUGAAUCGUCCUCCAUUUAAAAAUCAGUUCCACUCAUGAUUAAUUUCAAUAUUCCUCAUCAUGACACCACACUGCUUCUCUCCCAGUCUCCCAAAUUCAAAUCUCAUCACCCAAGGUCAUCAUCACCUUUUCUCUCACUCUAUUUCCAUUUAUCAGCUUCGGUUAAUAAAGUAGUCUUCCUAAGAAGGCCUUCCCUGCACAAUGAUUCACUUUAGGAAAACAGAAGAAGUCACUUUGAAACUUAAAGACACACAUGCCCGUUUGCAACCAGAUUUGUAUGCUUGAGUCAACACUUGGACAUUGAGCAAAUUUCAGCCUUCUGAAUUUGAUCUAGCAUGAAUAUCACUUUUAGUAAGAUAGUUGUUAUUUUACUCAGUUCCUUACACAAGUACAAUUAAAUGUCACACAUACAAAUGAUUGAAAAUACCUGAUGGAAUGUGAAAGUCCUUAGAUAGUAGAUAUAAGUUGACUUUUCUGUUCAAAAAGCUCAUGCUACAGACGAUUAGACAAUGAGCUGGAUAGUUGCGGUGAUUCGAAUUUGUUUUAAGUGAAAAAUAUCCCAUGUUUUGGAGAAUGUAGACUUCCAGGAGGGCAGGGGUUUUUGAUUUUUCUUUUCCACUGCUACCUUCCCAGGGACUAAAAUGGUACCUGGCACACAGCGAGCACUUAAUAAAUAUUUGUUAAAUGAGUGACUAUGGCCACCAUACUGGACUGAUAUAGAAGCUGUCUAAAGGCCGUGACACUGUGGAAUUUAAACAGAGUCACUCUCCUGAGAACUAUUUCUGUUACUGCCACUUCCUCCAUACUUAGGGGAAUAGCCAAAUUUACUCAACUUUGGAACACAUGAUUUAAAAAACAAUUCUAGGAUAGGGCUUGAUCUUUUGGCUUUUGAGGAAGAUGUGCAGAUAGAAAUUUAAACAAAUAUGUAUUGUAUUCUGACUUCUUGUCUGGACAAGAGGGCAGGCUCAUUUCUCUUUGCUCCUUCCUAAGUACAGUGAUCAAUUCUGGGUAAGUAUGUUUAUAAAAUAAUGCAAGAGGCAUCAGAAAGAGAACUCUUAAAGGAGGGAAGAGAAAACAAACCAGCUAGGUAAUCCCAAGACUGGCAAGGGAACAUGGUUGCAGGAUAUCUUACAGUCUCCCAUCCAACAGAAGGAGGUGAUCCAAGUUGGGUGCUUCCUGACUCCGAACCUCACGUGGGAACCCGGCAUGGCUCAUUCCUAUCCCAGAUGGAACUGGGGUCCUGCUGCCAACACCAGGUGAGUCUGAUAUCACCAGCAAGUGCAAUAUAUAGGGAUCCCCACUGACAAGUGUCCAGGGGAAGCAUUCUACUUUUCUGGAAUGCCUGAGAUUCAUUUCACUUACUGAGACACUGGACAGCCAGAGGACACUGACAAGGGGAUCCCACCCCAAAAGGCCUGAUCCAGGAAUCCUUUUCAUCACCAUGGACAGGAGGCUCCUUACCUUAACCUAUAGGUGCCAGUGAGUUGGCCUGGUGAGAACUUCUUCCCCCUAAUGUAGGACUGUCGAGGACCACAUAGAGCCCCAGUGGUACAGAUAAACCAAGCAGACCAAAACGCUCUGAAAGUUAAACUGCCAUUGGAACCAUAAACCAAAAAGUAGGCCAAGAUCUGCAUGCUAAACAUAAACAGAGUAGCUGCUUGCUAAAAUAAAAGAUGGAAAUAAGACCCAGAGUCUCCUAACAUAAUAGACAAAAUAUACAGGACGCAAUCCAAAAUUAUUUGUCAUAUCAAGAACAAAUAAAAUCACAAGUUGAAUGUAAACUUAUGACACCACCAAAAUGAAUCAGAUGUUGGAAUUAUCUGACAAGGAUUUUAAAGCAGCCAUCAUAAAAAUGCCUCUACAAAUAAUUACAAAUUCUCGUGGAACAAAAAAUAGAAAGGCUUCAGUGAAGAAAUAGGUAGCAAAAAGUUUUUAAAAGUUAAUAAAAGAAUCACAAUGAUGUGUGCGUUAUAUCCCAAUUUUUAGAAAAAGAAAUAAUGGUGAUUAUAUAACUGAAAAAUACAAUAACCAAAAUAAACUUAAUGAAUGGUACAGUAGAAAUGACAGAAGAUUAAAUCAGUAGCUUGGAAAUAAACCAAUAGAGUUUAUUCAAUCUGAAUAACAGAGAGAAGAAAGAUUGUAGGAGGUGGGGAAUGAACCUCUGUGAUCGGUGGGACAAUAACAAGUGUCAACUUUCGUAUAUUUGAAGUCCCAGAGGUAGAGGAGAAAAAAGAAUGGAGCUGGGAGAAUAUGCAAAGAAAAAAUGGAUGGAAAUGUCUCAAAUUUAGCAAAAGAUACAAUUGUAAAAGUUCAAUAAGCUGAGUGAACCAAAUAGAAUAAACUUAAAGAAAUCUAUGCCAAGAUACAUCAUAAUUAAAACACAAGAAAACUAAAAACAAAGAAAGAAAAAUCAAAAGCAGCCAGAGAGAAGUGACAUAUUACUAAAGGGGGAACACAGUUUGAAUGACAGCAGAUUUUCACCAGAUACCAUGGGGGCCAGAAGGAGGUGGCACAACAUUUUCUAGUUCUGGAAGAAAAGAAAGAACUGUUCAUGCAAAUUCUAUACCCCUCCCAACUAUCCUGCAAGAAUGAAGAGGGAAAUAAUGCUAUUUUCAAGUGAAGCAAAACUGAAGGAAUUUUUUGCUAGCAAACCUACCCGUAAACAAUGGCUAAUGGGUUUUUUCAAACAGAAAGAAAAUGAUAAACGGCAGCUUGGAGCAUCAGAAAGGAAGAACAAUGGAAGGAAUAGAAUUAGGAAUACAUACAAUAAACAUGCCGCUCAUGGGUUUUAUGAAUCACAUUUGAUAAUUGAAGCAAAAAUUGUAAUUCCAUCUGACACGCAAGAUGAUAUUUAAAAGGGAAGGUAAAGGGACCUCAAUGGAAGUGAGAUUUUAUUUCGUGGGAAGUGGUAAAAUGCUGAUACCAGGAGACUGUGACAAGUCAUAGGUGUAUAUCGUAACACCCAGAGCAACCACUGGAAAAACUGCACAAAGGAAUGCACUCAAAACACCGUAACUAAAUCAAGUUGGGAUCCUAAAAAACAUUCAUUGGCCCACAGGAAGGCAAGAAAGGGGAAACAGGACUGAGAAGCAGAGGAAAUAAACAAAAGUGAUUGAAUGGCAUACAAGCUCUACCAUAUCAAUAAUUACCUCAAAUAUAAUGGGUGAAAAUACACUAAUUAUAAUGUAGAUAUUGGCAGAGUGGAUUAAAAAAAGCAUUUAAUUACAUGCUAUUUACAAGAAACUCACUUCAAAUUAAGUGAUGUGGGUGGGUUGAAAGUAAACAUGAUGGUAAAAACAAGAAUCACGAGAGAAAUCUACCUUAACGAUGUAAUUCAAGAGGACAAAAGGCUAUAGAAAUGAAGAUAUUAAACCCAGAAAAACUGGAAGCCUACUAAAUGGCCAACAAUAAGACAAUGAUGAAACCAGCCCCCUUUGAAAACCAGUUUGGCAAUUCCUCAAAAACUUGAACUGCCAUAUGACCCAAGAGGAUUGAAAAUACACAAACUUGUACAUGAAUGUUCAUAGCGUUAUUCAUAAGGGCCAUUAUUCAAAGGGCCAUUAUUCAUGAUGGAACAGACUUCUAUGUUUGCCAGUUGAACAAGUAAACACAGUGUGUAUAUCUGUCCGUACAAUGGAUUCAGCCUUAAAAAGGAAUGAAGCCUGACACAUGCCAAAAUGUGGAUGCACUUUGGAAACAUGCUAAGUGAGAGAAGUCAGACACAGAAGAGCACGUGUUAUACAAUUUCAGUCUAUAUGAAAUGUCCAGAAUAGGUAAGGUAGAUUAGUGAUUUCCAGGGGAAGCAGAAAUGGAGAGGUGUAGGAUUUCUUUCUGAGGUGGUGAAAGUGUUCUGGAGUUGUGAUGAUGGUACAACUCUGAAAACACUAAAAAACAUUUAACUGCACACUUAAGUAAGGUGAACUUUAUGGUAUGUGAAUAAAAAAUAGAAUUACUCUAUGACCCAGCAAUAGCACUACUAGGAAUUUAUCCAAAGGAUACAGGAGUGCUGAUUCAUAGGGGCACACACACCCCAAUGUUUAUAGCAGCGCUAUCAAUAAUAGCCAAAUUAUGGGAAGAGCCCAGAUAUCCAUCAGGUGAUGAAUGGAUAAAGAAGAUGUGGUGUGUGUGUGUGUGUGUGUGUGUGUGUAAUGGAAUACUACUUGGCAAUGAGAAAGAAUGAAAUCUUGCCAUUUACAACAAUGUGGAUGGAACUGGAGGGUAUUAUGCUAAGUGAAAUAAGUCCGUCAGAGAAAGACAGAUGUCAUUGAUUUUCACUCAUGUGUGGAACUUGAGAAACUUAACAGAAGACCAUGGGAGAAGGGAAGGGGGAAAAUAGUUUCAAACAGAGAGGGAGGAAAACCAUAAGGGACUCUUAAAUACAGAGAACAAACUGAGGGUUUAUGGGGGUGGGGGAGAGGGGAAAAUGGGUGUUGGACACUGAGGAGGGCACUUGUUGGGAUGAGCACUGGGUGUUGUAUGUAAGCUAUGAAUCAUAGGAAUCUACUCCCGAAACCAAGAGCACACUGUAUACACUGUAUGUUAGCUAAUGUGACAAUAAAUUAUAUUUAAAAAUAAAUAAAUUCUAAAAUUUGCCACCCCCCCCCCC